UAAUUUUUUUCUGAUACAUGGUUAACACAAUGUUAAAUAAUUUUAUAUUUUUUAGAAAUAAAAUGUCCUGAUGAUAUUAUUAUAACUAGUAAUCCUAGUUUCUCAAUUGAAAUACCACCUGUAACACCCACUGUUUCUACGCCAAUUAUUCCUAUUUCAGAUGAUUUUCAAAAUUUUGUUAAAACAUCUUUAACAAAUAUGAGAUAUGAAAUAAAAAGUAUGGCCUACUCUAUUGAAGUAUUAAAAAGUCUAACAGCUCAAAGUAUUGAAAAUUCAGCAUCAAACGUUGGUACUGAAAUUAAUACAUCAUGUGAAAUUAUUUGGCCAGUCAACAAUACCGAUGAAUUGAUUACUAUUGAAACAUUACUAAAUGACCAAAAAAUUAGGAAUAAUCAAGCUAUCAUUUUAUCAAGAUCAGUCGGACUUACCAUCCCUGAAACAGUCCGCCGUAUCAUGCAACAUAUGUUUUCAGAUUCAUUUAUCCAGAAAUACUCUUAUGUUGGUUUCAAAGGUAAAAACAAAUUUUCUGGACUGAACUGCUGCAAAUUACUAUUUGAUGCCAUACGGAAAAAUAAGAAAUUUGAGUUAUUGCCUGAUAUGGAUAUUUCAUCAGCCGUUCCAAAGUGGAUGGCCCAAGCUGCUAACCUAUAUCAUUGUAACAAUGUGAAUUGGAACAUAUUGUCUCAAUGGUGGAUUUUUCUGCCAUUUGGUUAUUGUGCAAACAUGGUGAGAAUAUUUUAA